GAGUAUUGUUCUGAUCAUGGCUGUGACCAACCAACCACGCAGCUACGCACCCUCAGAGUUCCAGACAGGCCUGUGUGAUUUCUGCGAUGACUGUGGAACUUGCUGCUAUGGUCUGUGGUGCUACGUGUGCCUCGGCUGCACAAUCGCCAGCGACAUGAAUGAGUGCUGCAUGUGUGGUCUGAGCAGUUCGAUCCGCAGCGUCUACAGGACCAAAUACAACAUCAGAGGGUCACUGUGUAAUGACUUUAUGACGUACAUGUGCUGUCCGGUGUGUGCCACCUGCCAACUGAAGAGAGAUAUCGACCGCAGGAAGGAGCAAGGCAUUUUCUGAACAGCUACAAUCCUCUGAAGGAAAUGACAUUCAUCUCUUCCAGUCAGUUAAACAUUAGUCAGCUGCACGGGAAACAACCUGGGAGUGGAAAACAUCAACAUGAUUUAUUGUUACGGUUGUAAAAAGAGGUUUUAAAAGUUGUAUCUGUGCUGUCCUCUGCAGUUGACAGGAUGUGGAUUCAGUAUGUUUACUGUAAAGUUGUUCUUUAAAUAAAUAAAAAUUUUAAUUA